AUGGCCUCCUCAACACCAAUCCUUGGUUAUUAUGGUCCAAGUAAGCCAUUAUGCUUCUCUGUAGAUGCAAGUUCCAACGGGCUAGGUGCUGUCCUUUUGCAAGAUGAGAAGCCCCUAGCUUAUGCCUCAAGAGCCCUUACGCCAACCCAGCAGCGAUAUGCACAAGUUGAAAAAGAACCCCUUGCAAUCGUGUAUGGAGUGCAGAAAUUUCAUCAGUACAGUGAAUUCCAGCAAGCUACUGCAGCUGAUCCAACCCUGCAAGCCUUAAGCACGGUUGUUCGAAGUGGAUGGCCUUGUCACAAACAGGAGCUACCAUUAACUGUCUGCGAGUAUUGGUCGUGCGGAGAUGAAAUCUCAGAAAUCGAUGGGUUGUUAUUCAAAGCACAGAAGUAUAUUGUUCCUCAGAGUAAGAGAAAAGAAAUGUUAGAGCUCAUUCACGAGUCACACCAAGGCAUCUUGAAAUGCAAGCAGCGAGCCAGAGACAUUCUAUUUUGGCCAGGGAUGUCAUAUCAAAUUGAAGAGAAAGUGUCACAGUGUUCCUUGUGUGUCCGGUUCCAGAAAGCUCAACCAAGAGAACCAAUGAUAAUUAAAGACCUCCCAGACAGAAUGUGGUCGAAAGUUGGAACUGACCUGUUUGAGUAUAAUGGGAUUUAUUACAUACUGUGUGUAGAUUACUAUUCAAAGUGGAUUGAACUUGCUAAGCUUGAUAACUUAACCAGCGACAAUGUCAUCUGUCAUCUGAAGAGUCAAUUUUCUCGGUAUGGGAAACCUGAUGAGCUUAUCAGUGACAAUGGGCCCCAAUAUCCCAGUUCAGCAUUUUCUGAUUUCAGUAAGAGUUAUGGUUUUCUCCAUGCUACAUCAAGUCCUCACUUCCCUCAAGCAAAUGGCGAAGCUGAAAGGGCAGUUUAG